UUAAGCAAUAUCAACCCGUUGGAAACCUUGAAAAUGGCUUUCGGUAUCAUCAGUCGUGUUGUUUUGAUUCUCGCUGUUAAAUUUUUGUUGAGCAGUGCUUGUAACGGAGGUUAUGAAUUGAUUAUCGAUCGGAUUGAAAAUUGUGGAGGCGACGGUCAAGUAAUAACGAUUGAUCCGAAAUCUAUGGUGAAAUUGACUGAGGAUUGUAAGGUUACUUCCAAAUCGACGGUGAAAACGAUUGGAUUCAAAACUGCUAAUAUGGUGGUGACAGUGUCCAAAAACGGAGUACCGGUUGUGAAUGAGAAGAUCGAUCUGUGCGCUAGUAUGGACGAUUCAAAGAACAAUAAGGAUGCGGCCGAAAUUAUGAGCAUGUUCGGUGUUCCGGACAAAUGUCCAGUGAAAGCCGAAGAAAUCAAGACAAACGAGAGCCAGGCGUAUAGUUUGGAGAAGUACAAACGGCACCUGAUGGUGGCAGAAGGGAAAAUUAAUGUUGAUUGUCAAAUUGAGCACGAUAAUGGGAAAAGUUGUUUCAAUAUCGACAUGCAGGUGAAAAAACAAGGAGGUCUGAUGGGUUAAUGUGUUUGCGGGUUGUACAAAAAUUUCCACUGCUUUAUUCCACUGUUAUUUCUUAUCAAUUGAGAUAAUUCUAUGCACUUUACAAUUUUUCAAAAUUAAAUUAAUUCCGAAUGAUCAUUGAAAUUUUGUUGUUUUUCGAGUACUUCUAGGAUAUCUUUAAAAGAACGGGAAAAGGAUGAACGUGCACACAAAUCCAGAAUACGAAACAAAACGAUUGGUUCUUUAUUAAACUAAACUUUU